CCCGGCUGCUGCCUAGCGAGCGAGUCUCCCAGGCAAGCGCCUGGCGCCCCGGGAUGCUGGAGCCUGAGCCGGAGGGGAGGGGGGUCCCAGUGUUUCGGUGCCCCGGGUUUGUAGGGACACCUCGAGAAGGAAACGAAGGGGGCGCUCUGUGUGCUGCUGCCCGGCGGGACGGUCAGAGGCAGGCUACUUGCUGCCGAAGCAGGGUGCUAGGGGGAGCACAGCAAGUCCAUGCCCCGGGCCCCAGCUGUGCCUGCGCGGGAUACGCGCCCCGGGAGCCGCGCCCCGGGCACCAGCGUGCUGUGUUAGCAAGCGAACGUGUGCCCGGAGAACGGCUUGUGUUCCGCAUCCGCGUGGGGUUGCGGAGCUCCCUUGGGCUGUUUGCUCGCCCGGGCUCCCAACACACCUCGGCUGGGUCCCGGCAAGACUUGGCCUUUCCGACGGGGCUAGGCCUGGAGAGCAAGGGGGAGCGGAGCGGGGCCCACCGGACGCAAGAAGGGCGUCGCACACGCCGAAUCAUCUGGACAUCCCCGCUGCAAGCUUCCCGCUUCCCAGAGGCUGCUGCAACUGAGGAUCCAGGCGGACGGCGGACGGCCACCAGCCCCCCCAUCAUGAACACCGUCGUCUUUAACAAACUCAGCAGCCAAGUGCUUUUUGAGGAAAACGCCAAAGAAAGGGAAAGUCACAGCCGGCCUUACGUGGGGGUCAUCGACAGCCCACACCACCCCGAAGUGCACCUUCCCGACAGCCCGUCCAUUAAAGACAACCUCAGUCUUCGGAACAGACGGACAGGGGCCCGGCAGAGCGGCGGCAAGGUGCGGCACAAGCGGCAGGCGCUGCAGGACAUGGCCCGGCCGCUCAAGCAGUGGCUGUACAAGCACCGCGACAACCCGUACCCCACCAAGACCGAGAAGAUCCUGCUGGCGCUCGGCUCCCAGAUGACUCUGGUGCAGGUGUCAAACUGGUUUGCCAAUGCAAGACGUCGCCUUAAGAAUACAGUCCGGCAACCAGAUCUCAGCUGGGCUUUACGAAUAAAGUUGUACAACAAAUACGUUCAAGGAAAUGCUGAAAGACUUAGUGUAAGCAGUGACGAUUCGUGUUCUGAAGAUGGGGAAAAUCCUCCAAGAAACCAUAUGAAUGAAGGCGGAUAUAACAAACCAGUUCACCAUACUGUGAUUAAAACUGAAAAUUCAGUGAUAAAACCAGGAGUGAGACCAGAGACAAGUGCCAAUGAGGAUUAUGUGUCACCUCCCAAAUACAAAAGCAGUUUAUUGAAUCGUUACCUAAAUGACUCAUUGAGACAUGUCAUGGCUACUAACGCAGCCAUGAUGGAAAAAACGAGGCAAAGGAAUCAUUCUGGUUCAUUUAGUUCCAAUGAAUUUGAGGAAGAAUUGGUAUCCCCGUCAUCAUCAGAGACUGAAGGCAAUUUUGUCUACCGGACAGAAACUUUGGAAAAUGGACCCAAUAAGUGUGAAAGCGCAGCUAACAGAAAAGGAACAAGAAAAGAUGAAACAUACUGGAAGGAGAUCAAUGCAGCGAUGGCCCUAACAAACCUGGCCCAAGGAAAGGAUAAAAUGCAGGGGACUACCAGCUGCAUCAUUCAAAAGUCAUCACAUAUAUCAGAAAUAAAGACUGUUAAAGUGCCAUUAGUUCAGCAGUUCUGAAAAUUUUUUACUUUUUGUGGUCAAAUGGACAUUCCUCACAGCAUUGGUUUUCAGUAAAAUCCGAUCCACAGCUAUGAAGCAAAUAUUGAAAAUAGAUACAUUAUGGUCAGUUUAAAAAUAAAAUGCACUCUCCGACCCAGACUUUUUCAUUGUAUUAAAUAAAAUGUUCCAUUGCUUCUAUAAAAGGCAUGUAAAUUAUAAAAUAAAGUCAAUUUUUAUCAAGAUAUUAACUUAUUUUAUGUUAAUCAAAGUGCGCAUAAAAUGUCUGCAUUGCUAUAAUAACAAGUGCCUUGCUUUCAAAAAAUAAGCUAUAACGUGGGCAUAGUACAACAGCUAUGCCUCAAAAUGACAAUGCCAUUAACCUUAAUCUUUGUAUAUUACUUCAAGUGAUCCUGAGCAGUCUGGAGUUGAACACAUUAUUGCCGGAAGCCCUUGAGAGAAAUGUUGCAUAUUUAACUUAUACAAAUUGAUGACUGGUGACUCUUAAUGAAAACAUUAAAUCUUUUUUUAAAAUGCAGAGUAUUAUUUAAAAAUUGUACACUGCGUUUUGUCAAAAUGACACCGAGGGUGUUGCAUCUUACCUGUAUCUGCAGUGUGUUAAAA